AUGGGGCACAAUAUAGAGGAGAAAACCUUGUCUGACAAUCCUCAUCCGGAAUCCGGAACGAGAAAUGUCAACGAAAAGCUCGAGGUCAGGCCCCUCCGCUCGUGGAAGGGAUACUUAUGGGACACCUGGGAGCUUCCGCCAGACCAACGAUGGCUGUUGUUCAAGGUGGAUGCCUUUGUCCUUACUUUUGCUUCGAUUGGUUAUUUCCUGAAAAAUCUUGAUUUAAAUAACAUCAACAAUGCCUAUCUCAGUGGAAUGGAAGAAGAUAUGAAGAUGUACGGAAACCAGCUGGUGACAAGCACCUCGAUCUAUACAGCAGGAUAUGUGAUCGGACAAAUUCCUUCCAACCUGCUGUUGACUCGAGUCUCACCGCGAUGGGUCAUUCCGACGCUGGAGGUUGGCUGGGGAAUCGCCACCAUCUGUACAUCGACCGUCAAGUCCUACCAUGCGCUUUAUGGAAUUCGCUUCCUGGUCGGGUUAUUCGAAUCGGGCUUUUACCCCGGGAUUCACUAUCUUCUCGGAUCGUGGUAUACGCCGCGGGAGAUCGGAAAACGCGCAAUGAUCUUCUGGCUUGCGGGCUCCAUUGGUACUUUAUUCAGUGGAUUUCUCCAGGCAGCUGCCUAUACCAACCUGAACGGUGUGAGCGGGCUGGCUGGUUGGCAAUGGCUGUUCAUCAUCGACGGAAUCAUUACACUGCCUCUUGCGCUAGCCGGGUAUAUUUUCUUUCCUAAUCUCCCACAAGACGGGCGGAAGACAUGGUGGAUCACUCAAAAAGAGCAUGUGCUCUCCGUGAAGCGCAUGGAUGCUAUCCAUCGCGCAGGCAAGUCGCCCUGGACGAAGGCUAAGGUCAAGAAAAUGUUCCUCAGCUGGCACAUCUACCUUCUGCCUUUGUUGUACAUCGUCUGGAACAAUGGAUUUCCCCAAGCGGGAAUGGGGUACUGGCUUAAAAGCUUCAAUACAACGCCGGCGCCUGUCCCAGGGACCACCUACACAGUCCCGCAAAUCAACGACUACCCUUUACUUACGACCGGCUUGUUCAUCGUUGUGUCGUUGACUUGGGGCUGGCUAUCCGACGGGCCCUUGCGAGGGGCUCGCUGGCCCUUCAUUUACGCUGGCGCGGUGAUUACGCUUGUCUUCUGCGUGCUCCUGCGGCAGAUGCCUCUUUAUAACAAUAUAACUGGUCGGAUGGCGGUAUAUUGGCUCAGCAACAUCGGGCUAGGCGCUGGCCCUCUGAUUCUCAGCUGGGCCAACGAAAUCUGUACAGCAGAUACCGAGGAGCGAGCCUUGGUGAUUGUACUGGCCAAUGACCUCGCGUAUGUUGUACAAGCUGUUGCACCAAACUUUGUGUGGAAGACGACCGACUUUCCCGCUGCAAAGAAAGGGUAUCUGUGGAGCAUUAUUUUACAACUCCUGAGCAUUGUCGUUACUGCCUUUAUCCAAUGGCUCGUGGCACGAGACCAAAGAACUCGCAAAAGCUAA